AAAGAACCUGCUUUCCAGGUUAGAUUUUCGAGACGCGCACUGAGCUCCGGAUGUUUUUCUAACUACUUAUCAUUGCGAAUAAUGUCCUUUUUAAUUAAAGUAGCUUUUUACAUCGUUUCAUAACCAUUUUACCUCUCUUAUCAAGUGUGAAUUGCAGCUUAACAAUGAGUGCCACCGAGGAAGUUGCCAAAAAACCGCAACGUAUAAUAGGUUAUUGGCUGUCUGAUAAGAAAUCCAAAAAGAAGAAUUGGCUUGAUUUCGGUCAAAUUUGCAGGAAUCAUGGAUUUCACCUUGUGAAGCUGGAUCUUAAUAAGCCUCUGGAAGAGCAAGGACCAUUCUCUGUAAUUCUUCAUAAAAUGACGGAUAUCUUGGUUGGAACUGAUGAAAAGUCAAUUUCCAUGGUUGAACGUGUAGAAACGUAUGUUCAAGAUCACCCAAAAGUAAUAGUCAUCGAUCCUUUAGACAACGUUCGGAAAGUGCUAAAUCGCUUUCACUGUUAUUCUGCUAUUUCAAUCGAGGAAUUAGAAAAACAUGAUGUUUUUAUUCCAAGUUUUGUGGAACUCACGUCAACAGAUCCAGUCGAAAAUUUGAAAAAAUUGAAAGCUGCGAAAGUGACUUUUCCCUUUGUUUGCAAGCCAUCUCCCUCACACACUCAUGCUGGAUCAGUUGAUAGCCACAAAAUGGCUGUUAUUUUCAAUGAGCGAAAUCUCUCUGACUGUGAGCCUCCAUGUGUUGCUCAAUCCUUCAUUAACCACAACGCCCUUCUUUUCAAAAUAUUCGUUGUUGGUGAUGUGUAUCAAAUUGUUGAGAGACCUUCUCUGAAGAACUUUCAACCAUCAGAGUCAGAGCAGUCAAUUUUCUUUCACUCCCACGAUGUUUCAAAGCCUGGCUCGACUUCGUGCCUCAACGUCCUGGAUGCAGGAGAUGCUUCUUCUUCGCCUCCUGUCAUCGAUAAGAACAAAACAGAUGCGCUUGUGUCUAUUAUUCGGCAAGAAUUGGGGCUGUCUCUUUUUGGCAUUGACUUUAUCGUCACUAAUGACACCGGAAAAUACGCCAUUAUCGAUGUUAAUGUGUUUCCUGGAUACGAGGGCUUCCCAGAUUUCUUUGAAAUGUUAGUCAAGUACAUUUCAAAAAUUGUAACGGAAGAAGAAGCCAGGGAAAAAGUCUCUGAGUCUGUUGGCUGGUCCUCUCCACUGCGCCGCUACUCCUAUAAAUCAAGCGAAAACAGUGAUCAUUCAGAGACUGUAUCUCCAAUGGAGACAGAUGUAAGGUUUAUUCAUCCCUCUCUCGGCUCUGGACUUACACGAGACCAAGAUGACUCGGGCUUUGAUACCAGCGAUUCCAGCGAUGAGAGAAAAUCUAAAUACCGUCCAUCACAUUGCAUUAAUCUUCAGUCUUGUGUCUCAAAAUCAGUAUUACCUCUAUCAAAGACUUCAAGCCGUGACCUGUUACCAGACAAAAAAUCGUAACUUCAGACUGUUCCAGUCGUAAAUAAUUGCUGCCAAUGCUUAGCUUGCAAUCUGUGGUCAAUUUUUUCUACUUCUCUUUAUACUUCUUUUUUCUCUCGAAAUUAUUUAAAACAAAGGCUGAUCUCCAGCAUUGUAGAAUGUGUAUUUUAGGAUGAUAAUAUUUUUCCUUUGUUGUGAUUUUAUACUAUUUUCAUUGAUUCAUUGAAAUUGAAUCAUUUGGCUGUUAUGGUCCAAAUAUUUCAUCGUAACUUCGGGGAAAAUAUUCAGUUUUAGAAAUUCAAUUAUAGAUGAAAACCAUCAGGAGAAAAUUUCACUGAUACUUUUUCCUUUUAUUCUUAGGUUCUUUUUUUUCUUCUUUCUUUUUAAUAAGGUACAUUAAUAUCACAAAAAGUAAUUUUCGACUCAAAGACAAGUUAUGCUUCCACAUCAUCAAAUCGAGUCCUAGAUAAAUUAAAACGUCUAUUCAAUUAAUAUCAAGAUCUAUUUCUGUAAAAAAAGGAAAUCAAUAUUUUUUCAAGAUGUUUGAAACAAAAAAAUGAAUGUACCAUCUCUACGUCAAUUUUUCUCCACAAAGCAGUUUCAAUUGAAAAUAAAUCUUACGUUUGCCAAAAAAUUAAUUCUUUUCUGAUAUUAUGCAUAGCCAUAUUGUUUUAAGAUAAUUAUUAAUCAAGCACAAAUCGAAGAAUUGAAUUUUUUCUGAGUUACACUAAAAAUCUUCACAAUCCUGAUGAACAUCUAUUUUUAAGUAUGCCCCCUUGUCUUGAAAAAUCUUGUCAAUUCUAAUGAACACAUAUAUAAGAGACAGAUGUUUUUUUUAAGAUUCUUACAUUUUUAACACUCCGUAGAAAGAGAUUAAUAAUGCAGGGGACCUGCCACUAAUUUAAUCAGCAUCGAUUACUGGAAAGCUCAAUGAAUUCCUGUAGACUUGAUGGAUAUGCCAAUAUUUGAUGCGCCUGCCAAAUAAGUCUUUUAAUAUCAUUUUACAUCCAUGCCAAAUACGGUUCCUUGCAAUUUUUUCAAUCAAAUUAAUGGUGUCAAAAAUUUUAGGCUUUUGAUUCAGGAGGAGCUAGAGAACUUAGGAGGAUUUGCUGUGAAUACCUUUUCCAUUUCUUUUUUUGCCCAGGAAAUGAUUAUGACAGGCGCUUGCGAGUAACCCAGUAACUUGCACCUCAAUUUUUGCUUGUCGUGGAAUAACGAAUGUGUAAAAAACAUGGUGAAAGAGUGCCUUUAUACAACCCGCACCAUGGUAAAAAUCAAGAUAUUGGUGCAGGUUAUUUGUGGGCCCCUGUGGUAAUUGAAGCAAAUCCCUCAAAUCCAACUUACAGGGCCCUGCAGGGAAAACCAAAGAAUUCAGUGCAGAUUAAAUUACAUUAUUAUUUGAUAUGAUGUCAUUUAUGACCUAAGCGGAAUGAAUUUUUAAAAUCGAAUUUCUAAGUCCCAACUUUGGGGAAAGCGGGGUUGAAAAGUAAAAUUUUCAGCGUUUUCACACGCGCUUGGUAAAAAUAUUUUAACAUCUCAUCGGUGAUCAAAGAUAGCUGUAGUUUCCUUGUUCGCAAUUUUAAUCAAAUUCUUCUGACUUAUAGCAUCGUGCGGUGCUGCUUUCACACUCUCUUAGGAACAUUCCUGCAUCCUCAAUAGAAAAAAUAAAAGUGUCCAAACAUUCUCUUUUCAGCCUUGCUUUUCUUGACAUUGGCACACAGAAAGUUCAAUUUUAAAAGUUCAUCCCUUGAGGGAGCUUGUAAAGGACAUUUCCAAUAACAACAAAAUUCAGUCAAUGCGGCACCAAAUGUCUUAGCAUUAUGAUCAGGGGCCUUUGCAGUUGCGAUAAGAUUGGAAUUUCAAUAUUUUAAUUUCAAUCUUUUUAAAUGUAAACUACCAGCACUUAAUCAGAAUUUUGCCAAAUGGUUCAAGCUUGCUAUUUAAUCAAGUAUGGUUCAUACAAGGAAAUUCAAAUAUUUUCAUCAGAUAUAUGUAAUAGACGUACAACAAAUGCCACAAGUCUGUACCGGAGUUUUUCAUUACUGUGUAAACUGUUGCCUCUGCUCUACAGUCUACUUUAAUCCUUUGUAUUAAACAUUUCUACUUUUUUAUUAUAUUUACUAUCAUCAUCUAUCUUUGACUCAGAUCCUGACUUUUCUCUCUUUUGUCGAAGCAUAAUGAAAAACUGAAUGAUAAGCCAAUGAACUUUGCCAGCCACAGGUAGUGCACUGUGACAGUAAAGUAGAUAAUUUGGUAGAGGGAAAAAGAGGGAAAAAAAUUAAUUUUUGUCCAAAGUUUUCUUCGCAGUAUGUCAUUUUAUUCGGAGCUGAGCCCUCACGGUCAACUUUGGCGUGCACAUUGCUCAGAAAUUUCACAAAAAUGCCAAUUCGAUCGAAAUUCUGCGUGUAAUGUUGAUUAGAAUUUGAUCCCAGGAUUAAAUACCUCAUGAUCGAGGGUUUGUUUGACUCUAAGUGGCCUUGAAUAAACAGGAGAGAAGAAAGUCUACAUCCUGAAAUUUUCUCCCAUCCUUCGUCCAAGCUUUUGAGGAUGAUGAUUUUUGUGUUUGUUGCUAAUUUUUUUUAAUUGCUUAUAACUUCUUUUGUCAUUAAAACUAGUCAAUUUUUCGGGGCUGUCUUUACUUACCCUAGGUUUGAGCUUAUGGGCUUUUGGAUUUUGUUCUUCGGUAAACUGGUAUUUUUUUUUUUUUUUUGGUUCUUUUUUUUCAAUAUUUUUUGUUUUGUUUUGUCAGUAACAAAGACAUGAAACAUCCUAGUAUAUGAAAAAAUUCAUGUGUGCAUUUGAAAAUAUGUAUAUCUUAACGUACUUAUUUCUCUAUUUGGUUACCUUCACAAUGCACAGAAUGUUUCAAUAAUUCCUGUCCAAAAUUUGCUCUCAUUUGGUGUGACUUUCAUACCUUCAUUGCAAAGACAGAAUAAUUUUCUUUUUUCACUCUACAACUCUUUGUUUAAACUCAAAGCCAACUUUACCCAUGUUCAAAGAAGGUUCGACAUUUCUUUCAACGCUCUCAAAUUUCAAUUUUUAAGUGUUGCGAUAUUCCUAAGGAGCCGCAUCAUUGUGGAAACCUUUUCCUUAUCACUCAUUUUUUCUAUGUUCUGUAUUUUAAAAGGUUUUGUUCUGCUUGAUCGAUAAAAUUAAUUGGAUCCCAUUCUCACUUUUGCGAGCUCACUUCAAUCUCAUUACUCUGUCAAUACUAACUACUAAAUGCCAAAUCAAUGGUGACAAAGUGUGCAAUUAUUUCCUCUCUGAACUGUUUAUUUUAAACUUCGGUUUAGUGUAUUUACAAGGCCUAAUUUGUACAAAGAAGUAUUAACUACCUAUAUACUUUUUUUUACUUGCUAAUGUGAAAAAAUUUUUGCAGUAUGCAUUUAAUCUGUAUGUAUUACAAUUGAUAAUGUUGUUGAUAAUUUUGUUUUCAUAAGCUGCUUGUUACUAUUAAUAUAUUUGCAACUUAAUUCUUAAUAUUGUCAUAAAAUGAAAGUGACUCUUUUGGGUCCAACCCUAUGGAUUUACUGGAAGAUCCUACAACUAUUGUUAUGGGUCGCACCAACAGGCCCUUAAUUGUUAUUUUGAGACCUGAAGGAUGGCCUCUUAACCUUUAACACUAAUUAUUUUGCAUUAUUACUACUAUUUUAUUGAACAAGAUGUCAGGACAUCAAGUUAUGUUAUACCUUAUUGAAAAUUCAAUGAAUAUACCGAAAUUUAUUUCCUAAA